CAAGGGCAAGGACAAGGGCAAGGACAAGGGCAAGGACAAGGGCAAGCUGGGCCAGUGCAGUGCAGUGCAGUAAAUAAGUGACAUCACAAAGCAUUUCUGAGUUGAACAGGGAGAGAACCUUGACUGAAUCUGCACCUGCACCUGCACCUGCACCUGAACCAACGCGGCCGCAAUACUUAUAAUCUGGUCUGGUCAGCCACACUUUGUGCGCAUCCGGAUCCUGACUCUUGGGUCUUGCUUGUUGACAUCUGCGACACUAAAAUCAGGGAAGAGCCGGAGAGAUCAGCAAGGCCUACUGUAGCUGGCUGCAUGAGACAAGACGGACGUGUAAUUUAAUCUAAUCUUUCCUGCUUUGCUUGCUCUACGUGUUUUGCUAUCUUCGUGGCUGUCCAUGUCAAUGAUCCGUCUCUUCCACUUAUCAGGAUCAAGUCAAGUCAAGUCAAUUCAAAUCCAUUUCACUCAAAUCCCGCCCUGUCCGAAUUCCUUUGACCUCAAAAUCCCCGCCCCGCCCCGCCCCGCCCUGCAACCUCGCUGUCGCCGUUCGGUGUUACCAGCCCUACGCCAACUUCGCGAUCGGCAGAUAAAUAGCUUCCGAGAGAUCCGUACGUCGAAUGCUCAUUCGCCGUUGCAAUAGCUACAAUCAGAUCUUCCAGACCAGAGGACCAGCAAACUCUGGCUUGAAGGUUCGUGGGUGAUUAAUCAGCUACUUGCAGAGCAGACCCGCCCUCGCCAUAAACAUAACAGGACCCUACUCCCGCCGACAUCUACUCACUCUCAUUUUUGUUUUCAGCGAUACCCAGAUACCCACGAUACACGAGCGGUCGUCAACAUGUCGUUCCUUAAGAAGCCUUUCAAAAAGCUCAAGGACAUCGCCAGUGAUUCUCACCCCACCAAGAAAGACACCGAUACCACUUCCAACAAAUCCUCUACGAACGGCACAGGCACCCCGCAGAAUGGCCAGGUCAAUGGAAAUGGCAAGGGCGUCAACGGCGUAGACGUGGAAGCAAGACGCCAGAGUAGAGAGAUCAUUGCGGCAGAGAGAGAGCGUCGCAGCAUGGACAAGCAGCGCGUGAAGGCAGAGACGAGGAAGCGCGAGACAAUGGCCAGGAUAGCAGAUGAGAAGUUUCUGGAGGAAGGCCCAGCGGAUAUGACGAGACUGUAUAAACCGUUCAGUAUGAAUAUGAGCAAGAACUGGAACCACGAGAACCGGGUCCUGUUCAAGAAUCUAGAUUUCGAGAAAACCGAAGGCAGCGUUAUUUCAUUUCGAGCUCGAAUCCACACCCUCCGCCGAUUGAGCGCCAAAUUGGUAUUCAUCGUAUUCCGCCAACAGACUAUGACCAUCCAAGGAGUUCUCCAGAGCUUCAAACCAAUUGAGGAACUGAAAAAGGAUGAAGACAACAUAGGCACGAUAUCUGAGCAAAUGGUCCGAAGCGUCGAGCACUACCCCAGCGAAACAAUCGUCGUCGUGCAUGCGAAGUUGCGGAAGGCGUUGAAGAGGGUGAAGAAUGCGACGGUUCAUGAUUACGAGUUGGAGGUAUAUGAAGUUCACAAGGUGGGGAAUUUGACGGAGCACGUACCAUUUACGGUGUAUGAUGCGGAGAAUAUCAAUAGGGAUAGGGAUGAUGUUGAAGACGAUGAGGAUACGGAGUCCUCGCUUUAUCCUUCUGCGGCAGAUACUCCUAAGGACACGCCUAAGGAUACUCCCAAGGUCGGGACUCCACGGUCGUCCACGGAUUUGAUUCGAGCUUCCACGGAUAUUAUUCGAAGAUCCACCAUUGGACGGGCUUCUGGAGACAAGAGCCGCACGAGUAUGGAUGUCUUCAGAUCACAAAGAUCUCUUCCCCAGAGAGUUCGUCUCAACAACCGUAUUGUUGAUCUUAGAACUGCCCCAUCACAAGCUAUUUUCCGCAUCCAAUCUGGAAUUUGCAACCUUUUCCGCACAUAUCUCGACAGCCAAGGUUUCAUUGAGAUCCACACUCCAAAGCUACAAGGUGGUGCUACAGAAUCCGGCGCUUCGGUUUUCGAACUAAACUAUUUCGGCCGACCUGCUUUCCUAGCUCAAUCUCCUCAAUUGGCCAAGCAAAUGGCCAUUGCAGCAGAUUUCGAGCGUGUGUACGAGGUUGGACCAGUGUUCCGGGCUGAGGAUAGUAAUACACCCAGACAUUUGACCGAGUACACUGGAUUGGAUCUGGAGAUGGCCCUGGAGGAGCAUUACCAUGAGGCUUUGGACAUCAUUGAUGGCAUGUUCAAGAAUUUGUGGAAGGGAAUUUAUGAGCGAUACCAACCGGAAAUUGACCUCAUUUCAGAGUUCUACCCUCAAGAAAGAGUUAUGUGGUUGGAAGAGACGCCUCGCAUUAAGUUUGCUGAUGGUGUCAAGCUUCUGAUUGAAGAUGGUUGGGUUGACGAGGAGGGUAACCCUCCAAAAGAUACCGAGGAUUUGGCGACGAGAGCAGAGAUCCGGCUGGGUGCGAUUGUUCGGGAAAAAUACAAGACGGAUUACUACAUCUUGGACAAAUUCCCAGCUUCUGCCAGACCAUUCUACACUAUGCCCGAUCCUUCAGACAACAGAUACACCAAUUCUUUCGACAUUUUCAUGAGAGGACAGGAAAUUCUCUCUGGAGGUCAACGUAUUCAUGAUGCCAAGUUCCUCGAGAAGAACCUGAAGGCCAAGGGAAUCUAUCCCGAGACAAUGAUGGAAUACCUCGAAGGUUUCCGCUGGGGUGCUCCACCUCAUGCUGGUUGUGGUAUUGGUCUUGAACGUCUCACAUACCUCUUCCUCAAUCUUGGAAACAUCAGAUUGGCAUCUCUCUUCCCACGAGAUCCCAAAUCUCUUCCAGCUCUACCUCCAAGAAUGGCACUUCGCCAUGAAGAUGCCAGCACAACUAACCCUCCAUGGGAACAAAAAGACUACGAAGACCCCGAGGGAGACGCUUCCGACAGUAGCGCAGAACGCAGACACCAACUACAACCUCUUGAGAAGCUAAUUGCCAAUUACGGUGACGCAGCCAACACCUCCUGGCUCGACAAACGCUACCAAGUCUGGCGCCACCCCUCUACAGGAGCAGCCCAAGGUUACAUCGUGCACAACAACUUCGCCAUCGCCGUCGGCGAACCCCUAUGCGCCAAAUCCCAAUACCCACAAAUCAUCUCCGCGUACCUCCAAUUUCUCAAAGACGAGCACAAAGAGCUCAAACCCCUCUGGAUGAUUGCUGGCCCCCAGAUAGAAGAAUACCUUGGCGAGAAAUUCCUCUGGCGAACACUCGGCUGCAUCGCAGAAGAGCGUACCGACCCGCGUAACAACCCCGCGUCAAAGGACAAGGACCUCGCCCGCAAGAUCCGUCACGCUGAAGCGGAGGGCGUCAAGGAGAUCGACCUCCCGUUCGGGGAACCCAUCCCUGAAGAUCUGGUCGCUAAAAUCGACGCUAGAAUCGAGGAUUGGAAAAAGGGCCGCAAAGGAACCCAAGUCCACCUUACGCAGAUCCGCCCUUGGGUCGACCAGGCCCACCGCAGAUACUACUACUCCCAAACCCCCGACUCCACCAUCCAAGCAAUCGUCGUCCUCCACCAACUCUCCCCGCAGAACGGCUACCAAGUGAAAUUCUCCCUCGAGUUCCCCGGCGCCCCAUCCGGCACGAUCGAGUCUCUGAUCCUCCACGCACUCAAGAACGUAGCUGCUGCGGAUCCUGAGUGUAAACAGGUUACGUUUGGGACAGGAGCAAUGCCUACGCUUGAGGGAGGACGCAAUCUCGGCAAGACGAAGACGAAGGCGCUGAGGAAGGCGUAUGAGGCUAUUAAUAAGCAGUUCAAGUUGACGAAUAAGAGUGAGUUUAGGGAGAAGAUGGGGGUUAGGAAUGAGCCCGUGUAUGUGUGUUAUCCGAGGGGAGGACUUGGGGCCGGUGGAAUUAGAGCGAUCAUGGGAUUCUUGGAGGAGGAGGGUUAGAUGUUGUCGAGAUGUGGGGGAGAGGGAGGGGUAAUGAGGAUGAGAAUAUGGAGCGUUUGUAUAUUGAAGAUGAAGAUGGCAAUCCGUCUGGCGUUCUCGGUUCAGAAAGCGGGCUUGUUUGUGGCUUCUGGCUUCCGGAUUCUCCGUUUUCAUUUGUUAAGAGAAACAGUAAAGUAAGAUUCAGGCAUAAAAUACCAGGCAUUUGAAUUAAAGAGUUUGAUCGAUUGCAUUUUGUUUCAGUUUGGGUGAGAAGAAUCCUCUUGUUGAGUCUUCUCUCGACUCUACUUUGUUCUUGUGGAAUAUAGUCAAUGAGGAAGAGCAAGGUCAAAGGCUGGGAUGUGGCGUAGGAGAAGACGAGCAAGACAGUUUGUUCACCUGGAUGACAACACGAAGCUCUUUAAAUAAAUAUCAACAAUUCUCUAUCAAUUUCAACAAGCGCUUCUCAUCUUGUAAAGUAUAGUUAUAUAUUUUCUUGCUAUUUAUUCAGUACAGAUUUAGUCGAUAACACUACUGGUCAAUUUUAGGGAAACAAAAGUCAGAUGCAAUACAAUGUGCUCGACGACAGAAAAUACAAGUUGUUCAUCGUUCAAGACACAACUGUAAACCCUUGAUUGAAAUAGAAGGAAGCAUGUGCCUUGGAAGCAGAAGCAGUUUCUGGUGUACGUUCAUUUUAGGUUAUGUGGUAGAAGGAAUGGCAGCCAUGGCAUUCGAUAACAAGAAGUAGUGGAAGGAAACUCUGACAGAGCCAAGACAAAUGAGGGGUAGCGGGGCAAUUUAAGCGAGAAAGGGAAGGGGAAUGACAACAAUGCUGUCGCUAACAAGAUAAAUAAUCAAGACACAAAC